UGUCAGUCUAUUAUAGAAAUGCACACGUGCGUUUGGUUCACGGUUUGUAGGUUAGCAGACAAUUUUUGAACAAAUCCAUUACGAUUUUAAGUUAAAUAUAAUCUUUAAAAAUGCAGCACGACGACGUUGUGUGGAGCGUAAUAAACAAGUCAUUUUGUUCAUACAAAGUCAACACGAAAACGCAGAGAUUUUGCCGCAAUGAAUACAAUUUAACAGGCCUCUGUAAUCGUUCUUCGUGUCCAUUAGCCAAUAGUCAGUAUGCUACGGUGAGGGAAGAAAACGGGAUUAUAUAUUUGUACAUGAAAACCGCAGAAAGAUCAGCAUUUCCUCGUAAAACUUGGGAGAAAGUAAAAUUAUCUAGAAAUUUUGAAAAGGCCAUUCACCAAAUUAAUGAAAACUUGUUAUAUUGGCCAGGUUUUAUAAAAUCAAAAUGUAAACAGCGGUUUGUAAAAAUAACCCAAUAUUUAAUACGCAUGAGAAAAUUGAAACUCAGGCGCCAAAAACUUAUUGUUCCGCUACAGCGUAAUAUAGAAAGACGUGAAAAGAGAAGAGAACAGAAAGCUCUUAUAGCCGCAAGAAUAGAAAAGGGUGUUGAAAAAACAUUAUUGGAAAGGCUGAGAAAAGGAGUGUAUCAAGAUUUGUAUAAUAUACCACAGACAGCUUUUGAUGAUGCUUUAAGAGAAAAUGAAGUAGAAGAAGAGUCUGAAGGUGAAGAGGUGGAGAAAGAAAUGGAAAUGGAAACAGAAGAUGAUGGUCCAGAAUUUGUCCCAGCAGACACUGAUGAGGAAAGUGGAAAUGAAGAAAGUGAUAGUGGUGAAGUGGAAGAAGUGGAUCUCGAUAGUAGUUUCGAGUCUUCUGAAGAAUCAGAUAUGGAAGAUAUUCAAGCACCUAGUACUUCUAAGAAAACUAAAAAGGGCGAUAAAGAUAAAAGUCCAUUCAAAAGAAAAUUGCAAAAGCCACAUGUGUCUAUUGAGUAUGAAGUUGAACGAGAAGAACCAACCAAUGUUUCCACUUAUUAACAUUUGUAUUUAUAUAUUGUCACUAUUUUAAUAAAAGAUGUAUAAGUAA